AUGUCCAAACACGCCUUUUCUAUAACUGAACGACUGGUCUAUAGGCUUGGGUGGCGGGGAUGGCAUGCUCAAAGCUCGAAAGAGUCGCACUACUUACAUACGUACUCCUCAGUGCACGGCGACAAAGCCGGCCAAAACACAGGGUUGUAA